GUAUUGCAAGAAUACUACAUUUUGGAUCAUAUUUCCGCGUGUAAAACAGGAUGAAGUAGUUUAUGAAGAACAGAAGAACAGGAGUCAGAUGAAAGGAAAUAUAAUAUGCACGGUUUUUAUUUGAUAAAUGUUUUCGGAAAGCACCUUUAGCUCUAUGAUCAUCAGUGCUGAUGGCUGGAUAUACAGAGCUGAGCUCAGGCUCUGUGAGCUGAGGAGGGAGUAAGAUGAAGGUCUGGGGUGUGAUGCUGGCGUGUGGACUGACUCUGAGCUGUAUUUCCUCCGUCCCGAACCCAACCGGACAGUGUUCUCAAAGACCACAGGACCUGCAGAGAAAACCUUACAAACAUCUGCAGCCAAGAAGUCACUCAGACAGCUUCCCCACACCACUCUCAGUCUUCAUCCACAGAGCCAAGAGAUCUCCAAAACGAAGAGGUUUCCUUCGUAACAAGAUGGACAGAAAGAGACCGAGUCGUGACGAGAGAGAGAAGGGCAAAGGAAGAGCGUGUGCACUGAAACAAGUCCAGCUGAAAGUGUCUGAUCUGGGUCUGGGCUACCGGAGUCAGGAGGAGCUGAUAUUCAGUUACUGCAGCGGCGUGUGUAUGAACUCCCUCACAAACUAUGACAAAAUCCUCACCGGCCUCGCCAGCAACGGCAAAAACAUUCUGCACAGCUCUCCUCCCACCGCCUGCUGCCGACCUGUCGAAUAUGACGACGACCUGUCCUUUCUGGAUGACAACCUCAUAUACCACACCAUGAAGAGGCACUCGGCACGGAAAUGUGGCUGUGUCUAAGCAACUGUGACAGACAAUGACACCAGACGAGAAAAUCAAUGGAAACAAUUUCAGGUUAUUACAUGUGUGAGCAUGUCUCGGUCGAGGAAAUCAUCAUGAUUGCAUUUCUCUAAGAAGAUACAGGAUAAGGAACUGCAAAAAUAUUAUUGCAAGAUGUUCAAAAACUGGUACAUACACUCUCAGAAAAAAAAGUCUGUAACUAGGGCGCUGCCUUAAGAUAAAAAAAGCUAAAAAGUGUGAAUAUGUACACUUUAGGUACUAAUAUGAACUAUUUAGGGGUAACAUAAAAUACCACCCCAGUGACAGCUUUGGACCCUUUUUCUGAGAGUGUACAUCAUUUAACCCAUAGGAAGGCACAUCUUAAACAACAAGAUGGGAUAUUUUGUGUGCUGUGCUUAAGUUCUUAUGGUGGCUUUUUGACAUUUAAC